AUGACAGAGACUGUCUUCUGCGAUUGGCUGCUUAAGUUCAAUCGGCUGUUUCGCCGCAAAGGCAAGAAAGUUCUUUCGUUGGUAGACAACUGUUCAGCACACAAGUGUGAAGCAAUUCAAGACAGCCUUGAUCAUGUCAAUGUUGUGUUUCUCCCUCCCAACACGAACAGCAUUAUUCAGCCAUGUGAUGCUGGCAUUAUUAACGCAUUCAAGUUGAACUACCGCCGCCUGAUGCUGAGGAAAGUUGGCGGACUAGUUGAUAAUCCCAAAAUUGAAAAGCUGGACACCAAGGCCCUGAAGAAGAACAUCAACGUGCUCCACUGCCUCCAGUAUGCAAAAGAUGCUUGGCAGUCUGUGACAGAGACCACUGUUCUGAAUUGCUGGAGAAAGGCAGGGUUCUCUGCGGAGAUGCAAGCCACUGAGGACAACACUGUCCCUGAAGUCCAGUCUGAGCUUGCCCAGGACAUCCAAGAGCUUUCAAAACUUGACAAGGAUGCACCCGUCUACAUGCAGGCAUCUGAAAACGCAGAGCAAAUUGUGCAGGUAAUCGCCGAGAAGUUGACCAGCAACGAAGCUGAAGCUGAAGCUGAAUCUGAGGAGGAUGAUGACGAGGGCCGUGCCAGUCCCACUGCAGCUGUCCAACCAUCCACAUUGGAAUUGUUCCAGGCUUUGGAUGCAUUGCGUUGUGGCCUGUAUGCUGGAAAAGCUGACGAUAGCCUUCACCACCAUGUUGCGGAGAUUGAGAACUUCCUCCUGUCUCAGAAGGCUUCGAGAGCACAGCAAACACCGCUCUCUCAAUUCUUCUCAAAUCAGUAA